AUGACUAUUUUGAAAUCUCACUCCAGUUUGACAGGCGCCGUUUCGCCGGCGAGUACCCAUCAGAGAGAAACGCGCGGUGUGAUCGUGCCUCGCCGUUAUAUUCCCCGGGUAUUUAGAUAUAACAGGUGGAGAUCCAUCCUCUCGGAGCCAUCGAUGAACCGCGAUCCACCGAUGGCGCUCGACGACAGACGCAGUCCGAGCGCCGGCGCCGCCACGCUCGGCGUCCACCCGAAUUCGCCGGAACCGACGCGGACGUCGACCUACACGUGCACGACGAUCGACGGGCGGCGGGCGGCGUCGCCGCCGCUCCACCACCACCAGAAACCCUUCUUGAGGAUAACGAAUUUCGCGCUGGGCGGGCGCCGGUCGCCGUCGCCGGCGGACAGCGUCGCUUCCGCGGAGCGCGACGAGCCGCCCGUGCAGAUACAGACGUUGAAAUAUUCGAUAACGAACAUCCUGCGGCCGGAGUUCGGCAAAUCGGCCGUCUCCAAGACGAGGACGCCGCCGGCGGGCGCGUUCAGGCCGUACGAGGGCGAGCCGGUCAGCUCGCUGGGCGGUUUGCGGCAGGCGGUUUCGCAGAUCGGCCGGUCGCCGGAGCCGGUUUCGAGGGCCAGGAGCCCCCUUCAGAUGUUACCUCAUCCGGAGGAGAUUAAGAAGGACGAGGGCGGCGACGGCGGUGUGCCCAAGUUGUGGCCGGCGUGGGUCUACUGCACUAGGUAUUCGGAUCGACCCAGUUCAGGACCGAGAUCCAGGCGAAUGAAGAAAUCCCCGAAAAGCUCGGAGGACAAGCGACCGAGGACGGCGUUCUCGAGCGCCCAAUUGCAGCGAUUGAAGCACGAAUUCAACGAGAACAGAUACCUGACGGAGAGACGGCGGCAACAGCUGAGCGCCGAGCUGGGCCUGAACGAGGCCCAGAUCAAGAUCUGGUUCCAGAACAAGCGGGCCAAGAUCAAGAAGUCCUCCGGCCAGAAGAACGCCUUGGCGUUGCAGCUGAUGGCCCAGGGCUUGUACAAUCAUUCGACGGUGCCCUGCGACGAGGACGACAUGCCCUUGUCCUCUUAAAUGUUUCUUCUUUUAGUUCGUGGAUUUGGGGAUGCUAUAGGCAAUUCCGGAAAAAUAUUACCUAUACGCUAGAUAUAGGUAUGCAUCUAUAUUGGUUCUAAUAUUAUACAGUGUUAAAUUUGAAAUCUGUAGAUAUAUAAUUUAUCGUUUUUCUGUACGCACACCAAUUUCCUCGAGCUGUUUUUUCCUGACGAUCUCAAUUCAAGUAUUUAUUUUGUACAAAACAUGUAUAAAUAUUUUAUAUUGUAAAUAGUGUACAGUGUAGAUUUAAAAACCGUUUCGUUUUUUGGCAUAUCACGGUAUACGUAUAGUUAUUAUAAAAAAAGAAGCUUUUCGUAGUAUUUCGUCGUGAUGAAUAGUUAUUAUAUGAGCCGCUUUUCUGAUGGUUAGAUAUGUACUUGUAUUAUUU